GGAACUAAAAGAUCAAAUGGCAUCAAGAAUGUUCAACGCGGGAGUGACCGAGGGACAAUCAACCACGAGGCCAUCGUUGUUCGAUGGAACAAACUACUCGUAUUGGAAGGAGAGGAUGAGAAUCUUUAUCCAAUCCAACGACUACAAGUUGUUGUUGAUUGUGAAGAACGGCUGCGGAGUCCCUAUGAAGAAAGUCAGUGAAGUCAACGUCCCCAAAACCGAAGAGGAGUUCACCGACGAAGAUUGCAAAAAGAUGGAGCUCAACGCAAAGGCAAUAAACAUGAUUUAUUGCGGUGUUAAUGCGGAUGACUACCGCAAAAUCUCGCGGUGUGAAACCGCAAAACAAAUGUGGGAGAAAUUGGAGGUCACCUACGAAGGAACUGCGCAGGUUCGGGAGGCCAAAAUCAACCAUCUCACUCACGAGUAUGAACUCUUUUCAAUGAAGGAAAAUGAGAAGAUUGAGGAAAUGUUUGAGAGAUUCUCUAACGUCAUCAAUCCUCUCAAUCUUCUCGGGAAGACAUACACCGACCGCGAGCUCGUGAGAAAGGUGCUGCGAAGCCUAUCCCCCAAAUGGAGUUCAAAGGUGGACGCAAUCGAAGAAGGUCGGGACUUCCAAACAACGACCUAUGAUUCUCUUCGAGGUAAUCUUAUUACCUACGAAACCAUCCAACUCUCAAAGGUGGUUGAAGAGAGGAACAAGAGGUCUAUUGCUCUACCCGCAACAACAUCAACCCACAACAACGUUGAUGAUGACAGCGACAACACCGACCUCGGACUCUUUGUCCGAAAACUCAAGAAGAUGAUGCUCAAGAAGGGAGCCAAGAAGAACACUCCACCCAAAUGCUAUGGGUGUGGUGAAAUUGGACACAUCAAACCAAUGUGUCCAAAGCUCAAAAACGAGAAGGACAAGAGGGCACCGAAGAAUCAACGUGCCUACAUUUCUUGGGAGAACGACGGCUCCGGGAGUGAAGACUCGGAAACGGAGGAAGUGGCCAACUUGUGUCUCAUGGCCAUUGAAGAUGGUGAUACAUCAAAAGAGGUAAGUGAUCAAGAACCUUCUCCCAAUGAUCCUUUAACUCUUGAUGAUGUUGUUUGCAUUGUAGAAGAUUUGAUUUUAUGGAUUAAUCUGAUCGUCUUCUUUUUGUGCAUCUCCUCAGCGAUUUAUCAUGCCCAGUUUCUUCGAUCUCUUGGGUUAAUCGCUAGAGCUGAUUGUUCGGUUACUGUUCACUCGUCUUCUUCAUCGUGUAGAUUCUUCAUCUAUACCAUGGUUAAGCCACUUCUUCAUCCCAAACCCUUUAACCAAGGUCGUGGGGAUGUGAAGAAAAGUGCUAAACCUAGUUCAAAGAAGCUGGGUACUGUGACGGAAGAAGCCAAGAGCAAGCCAAGGUUGGAUUCCAUUCCGGCCUUGAAGGAUGUGGCGAAGGAGGUAUCAGUUCAUUCUUCGUCUAGCUCAUCAGCUGAAAGCUCGUCCUCUUCCCCACUGGAAACUCCACCCAAUCAGGUUUUGGAAGAAGGUGUUACUGUGGACUCUGCACUUAAGGUGUUUGACAAAUUGCCAGACUCGGCUAUUAAUGAAAAGGGGCCUCCAAAGUCCACUUUUGCUCAACUCUUUGAAGGUAACAAGGUUCCUGCCAACGGUAUGAAGCUCAAAUACUAUGAUGUUGGUGAUGGUGAUGUUCUUGAUAUCCCAGAUGAGAUUAUUAAACCGGUGGAAGACAUUUGGGGCUUUUGUCUUGUUGGGUGCUUCACGGGUCGAUUCCCAGGUCUUAAAGCAGUUGAUUCUGUUGUUAAACAAUGGGGUGUCGCUUGUAAGAUUAUACCACAUUGCAAAGGGUGGGUGGUCCUGCGUUUUGAAGAUGAAGCUGCCAGGCAGCAGGUGCUGGCUGCAGACAGAGCAGUGGUCUUUGGGAAAGAAUUCAGGCUGAAGAUCCCAGGCCAUUGCUUUAUGUUUGAUUUUAGUGAAUUUACUACCAUGCCCACUUGGAUUAAACUUCCCAACCUUCCUAUGCAACUUUGGUCAGAUGAAAGAAUUGGAUACGUAGCCUCAAAGGUUGGAAAACCAAUUUGUACCGAUGUUGUCUCUAAAGAAAUAGGCAAAGCUCGCUUCUGUAGGGUGCUGGUGGAUCUGGACUUAUCUAAGAAGCCAAGAACCAGUAUCACAACUAAUGUUAUGGGCAAGACUUAUAUUCAAGAGGUUGUAUAUGAAGAUCAAUUGAGGUAUUGCUACCACUGCAAAUGUCGGGGACACAGCCCUCUUUCUAGCAGGGUAUUGGAGGAGCUUCAUAAUCGAUGUUGGACAUUAGACAUCGCUGUUGAGCCAAGGUUGGAUUUCCAGAAACUUCUGGAACAGCGAUGUAGGCUUCCCAACAGCGCUGUCCAACCUAAGCCAAAGAUAUUGUGCAUUGGCAGAAAGUUUUUGGACAGCGAUGUUGACCCAGAAACAGCGCUGUCAGGCCAAACUUCCAUCUUCAAAGGCAGACCUAAACAGCGAUGUUCUAGAAUUGGAGAAGGUCAAUCAACUUCUAGACCACCACUCUUUGAUGGUACCAACUACUCUUAUUGGAAGGAACGGAUGAGAAUCUACAUUCGUUCCACCAACUUCCAAUUGUGGUUGGUGAUCAAAAAUGGCGAAGAAAUCCCUAUGAAGAAAGUGGGAGAAACCACGGUUCCAAAGACUGAAAACGAAUUUGAUGUCGAGGACAUCAAGAAGAUUGAAAACUAUGCAAAGGCCAUCAAUAUGCUAUAUUGCGCGGUCAACCCCGAUGACUACCGAAAGAUCUCCUGUUGCACAACCGCCAAGGAGAUGUGGGACAAGCUUGAAGUGACGUACGAAGGUACCGAUCAAGUUCGCGAAGCCAAGAUCGAUUUUCUCACCCAAGAGUACGAAAUGUUCCGGAUGAAAGAAGUCUCCAACGUCACCAUCGACGGGCUAAGAGGUAACCUUAAAACCUAUGAAUCUACUAUUCUAACCCCGUCUUUGGAUGAACAAAAGAAAAAGGGGAUAGCUCUCAAAGCCACCAAGGAACCGGUGGAAGAGGCUUCAAGCGAUGACGACAAUGAAUUCGGGCUCGUCAUCAAGAAGUUCCACAAGUUCAUGAAGAAGGAAUUUGAGCGGAAGGGAAGGAAGCACGACGGUCCUCCCAAGUGCUACGGCUGUGGCGAGAUUGGCCACAUCAAGCCAAGGUAUCCAAAGGCCAAACACGGCAAGGAUAAGCCUGGCUUCAAGAAGCAAAGGGCCUACAUCUCUUGGGGUAGCGAUUCCGGCGACGAAACAACCGACCAAGAGGAGGACGAAGCUGCAAAUCUCUGCCUCAUGGCGAACGAAGAUCAAAGCGACGACGUCCAAGAGGACAAGAGCAGGGCUGCCACCUCAGGGAAAACUAAGUCCAAAUCCCGGGCGCCUACGACAUCCACCGAGGAACGCCUCUACUAUGGUGACGGGUCAUACCUUUGGUUUGAUUCCAAGGAGGAACGCACCCGUUUCCUCACCUUCUUCUCUAAACGGGUUGUGGCUCCUCCACGGAUCAUCCCGGAGCGCUACCCGGAGCUGCAGGGCUACGACGACCUCGACGCGCAGCUUCAUCAGGCUGGCCUUUGGCCUUUCCUUGGGCGUAUCGCCGGCCUCCCCUACCAAGGCGACGACGUCUCCCACUAUGGCGGAGAAGACUGGGUGCUCAACAACGAGGGCCUUAUCCUCAACGAGCUUGGCAUCACCGAGCUCAUCCGCCAUGCCUCGGGCCGCCCCACCAUCCACUCCGCUAACCCCGAAGGCCGUCUUCUUCUCUACAUCGUGUCCCGAAUCAUCAAGCCCCGGAAGCAUGGCCACACAAUCAUGUCCGUUGAGGACCUCAAACUCAUCCAUGCGAUCAUGCACUCGGCCCCAAUCAAUUGGGCAAAGUUUGUCAUGAUCAACAUGACGAUUGCCGCGUCCACCGACCACGAUCACCUCCUCCCGUACCCGUUCGUGGUGAUGGACAUCCUUGAACGGUUCAAGGUGACCACCACCGUUGGCCCACUCACUAAGGCCACGAAGAUUUGGGCGAUCAGCACCCAAACCUUCAAGAAGCGGUCGGACAACGUCGGACCUGCCAUUGCCGUGCCACGGCCCCGUUCUGCUGCUGGCCCAGCCGAACCCCAGCCCCGGGUCAACCUUGCCUCCAUUGCUGACUCCCUCAACCGGUUGCACUUCAAAGUUGAUGGGAUGGAUGGCUACCUUGAAAGACUUGACGAGGCGGUCCAACGCCAAGGGUACGCCAUGAACGCGUACUUCCAACGCGUUAACUACGUCCCCCCACCGUACCAUGGCACGUUCUAUGGGCAGGUGUACGGUGACGAGGACGAAGACGAUGCCUCCUACGACCCGUCAAGCUCCCCGGACGAGGACGAGUUCGACGACGCUGUUGACGGUGAUGAGAUGGACGUCGACGACGAGGAGGAGGAAACCAAAGACGAAGACUAGGACGCCCCUAGAAUUUCUCUCUUUUAUUUUAAUUAUCCUGUUUUUUAAUGCUUUCGUUGUACUCCGCUAUUUCCCUUUUUCAAUAAAUAAAAGUUAUCCUCUAUCUUUUUGUUAAUGUCAAAAGGGGAAAGAAAAGGGUUAUGCAUAC